ACCCAGGGGUUGGAAUGGACGCUUUAUAUGACCUGAUUUAUCGUCAUCCACAAAUGCUUAUGAUCGUGGGAAGCGCGUGUUCGGAAGUAACGAAGACGCUUGCGGAAAUCGUGCCUUACUGGAAUCUGCUUUUGGUUUCAUUCGCGUCUACUUCGCCAGCCUUAAGUGAGCGAGAAAAGUAUAAAACGUUCUUUCGGUUGGCACCUGCCGACUCCUCCCAGAAUCUUCCUCGGGCAAUGUUCAUCACACACUUCGGAUGGGACACAGUAGCUACAUUAUACGAGAUCGAAGGCGACUAUUCACUGGCAAUCGAUGAGAUGGGGAGCACAUUUGAGCAGCACAAUAUUACCAUUAGUAUAUCCACGUCCUUCCGGCGAUUGGAGGACAUCCGUGAUAACUUGUUAGCCAUCAAGGAACAGGAUGCCCGAAUUAUUAUCGGAGGCUUUGGUGAGAAGGCGGCAAGGAGUGUACUUUGCGAGGCAUACCACCUCAAGAUGUAUCGUCCCCGCUAUGUGUGGAUGCUCAUAGGCGACUACGUGGACAGGUGGUGGGAGGCGACCAAUGACACCGCCUGCAGCGUGGAGCAGCUCCGAGUGGCCGCUGAGGGAUAUUUCACCAUCGACAGCCUCAACUCGCUUAGCAACGAUGAUCUGUCAUCGGCUAACAUUACAUUACGUCAGUUCCUGGCGGAUUACGACGCGAUGAACGGAUCUCGUCCGCUGUCACCCUUUGCCACCAGCACAUACGAUACCAUUUGGACGAUCGCGUAUACGCUGCAUCAAGCACUGGAACGUGACAAAAACUUGUCUUUAGAGUCAUUUACAUAUCAAGACCGGGCUUAUCAGCAGGUGUUCUUCGACAUAAUGCAGAACAUGGCUUUCAUAGGAAUAUCGGGCCCAGUGUCGUUCGAGGGACCCGAUCGGAAAAGCAUUUCUGUCAUUAGUCAAAAUCAAAACGGUAGCAUGAUCAGGAUUGCGUUGUUCGAACCAGACAGUGAGCGACUCAACUUUGACCCCAUCACAUGUAGACCAAUUGUGUGGACAGGUGGGCGGGCUCCAAGGGAUAAAACAGUGCUUGUUGCGCGCCGGAAGAAGAUCCAGACGACGGCAUACCUUUGCGUCAGUACUAUCAGUGUCUGUGGACUGGCGCUGGCUACCGGGUUUUUGGCCUUUAAUCUGUGUCAUCGGAAACUGAGAUAUAUUAAACUGUCCAGUCCGAAGUUGAACAAUAUGGCGGUCGUCGGAUGCAUGUUGGUGUAUACAGGCAUUGUAUCGCUCGGAUACGACGAUUCGGAAGUGGAGCCCACAUAUUUCUCAAUCCUUUGUACGGCAAGAGCUUUUCUGUUUUCUUCUGGCUUUUCGAUGUCCUUUGGUGCAAUGUUCACAAAAACAUAUCGGGUUCAUCAAAUUUUUACCCGAGCCAACAGGGGCCUUAUAAAAAGCAAGUUGCUGCGUGACAAGCAGUUGUUAUUUAUUGUCGGGGCGCUGCUCAUGGUUGAUUAUGUGAUACUGAUCAUAUGGGGUAUAGUGGACCCCAUGCAUAAACAGAUUACCAACCUCACCACGGAGGCAUCCGAGGGUGAUGAAGAUCUGUUAUAUAUUUAUCAGCUUACCACGUGCUAUUCCGUCCAUUUGGACAAAUGGACCGGGGCUCUUUACACGUACAAAGGCCUCCUCCUAAUAUUCGGCGUCUAUAUGGCAUGGGAGACCCGGCACGUGAACAUUCCCGCGCUCAACGAUUCCCGUUAUAUCGGCAUGAACGUCUACAACGUCGUCAUCACGUCCGUUCUUGUUGUCACACUAUCGAACAUCCUAUCUCAUCAGCCAACCCUUGCCUAUGUGAUCGAGUCCUCAUUCAUGCUUCUGUCGACCACUAUGACACUAUGUCUUUUAUUCGUACCAAAGAUAUAUGCAAUUCUAAUUACAAAAGGUGAGCCUAUUAUAGCUGCCUCUGGUAUAACGGUUGAUGCCAAUUGCCGUCGCUUUGCAGUCGACGAUAAACGUGAGCUCAUGUACAGAGCGGAGGUCCAAAACCGCGUCUAUAAGCAGGAACUCAUAGAGUUGGAGCAGCAGAUAUGUCGUUUAGAGCGGUUACUGGAAUUGCCUAUUGCGCCAUACCCUAAGCUCACAAACGAACUUCUGUAUCUACUUCCGGAAUCGAGGGUCGAUCCGUCUCCAACCUACAGGCGGCGCUGGGAAGAAAGAGAGAUGUUUAAUUCCAUUUCCGAUGCAGGCGACAUCUGUAUGGGAAUAUCGGAGGAACAAACUGAAGAGUCUGAAGGCCAGCUGAACACAGUGGUUACUACGGAGAGGAAACCAAGUAGAAGGCGGUCAAACAGAUUGAGCAUUCGGAUAGCAAAAAACUAUGCAUACUCAAAGCUCUGUAAACUGCGACCUCGAUUCAGUGUUGGAAGUAUAAACUUUAAGCCCGAUGAAAUGGAUGGCAUAAUAUCGCCCUCACCCUUAGUUUCUCCAGAUGGCUUUCUCAUGCCAGAUAUCCAAGUCCAUCGUUCGAAGUCAUCACAUCCUCUCAUCCGACAGGAGGCAGUAGACGAGAGAAAGAUGCGUGUUUUAGGCACAGAUGAAUCAAACCAGAGCUCAGAUACGAAAACAUUUGAAGCAAACAUAUCAGACGACGGUGAACUGCAACAUGAGGAUGACGAAUAUUCAUCAGUGUCUUUUGCAGUCCCAGACCUAGAUGAAGUAUUUGGACAUUCAGUUGAUGGCUGUAAUGAGCUACGAAUGUCAGGUGAAAUUAAAUCAAGACCAUCAAUUAUGCCAAGAAGAAGGAAGUAUGGCAACACAUUGGACAUUCCAAGAGACUUGCCUACUUGUCAAAUCACUGCAGUGGAUGCACAUUCAGGGAUGCGUUCGCCUGUUUUUAGACGUGCAAGGUCUAUAAUUGAGCAUGAACGCAGAACGCGUAUAAAGAAACUGCAGUCAGACCUAAGAAAAAUACAAAAGGAACUUCAAGACUUAGAUGAUCUCGAAUACAGUGUCUCAAUUGUGUAAAUAGCGUAAAUGUUAUUAACACAUUAAGUUCAUACUUUAUUGGUUGUAUAUGUAAACGAAGUUCGAAAUUAAUUAGAUAAACUAUACAAAAGAGAUAAAAAAAACACUCGAAAAUCUAUGGUGCUGUUUACUGCUUUCAUAUUAAUAUCGUUAAAGCGUUUUGAAGUACUGGAGUUGUUGGCGUUUUCGUAAAAAGCUGACCAAGUUAAACCUACGCAUUGAACUUACUUUAACAUCGAACUUUAUGCCAUGCUACCAAAACAUUAAAUUAAAUAAUUAAAAUCAAGCCAUAUGUUUACAAUAAAUAUAAGUCAUAUUAUUACUAGUAGGCAUAGGUUAAUAUAAUCACGUCGUAUGAAAGUGCAUCUAUUGCUAAAACUAAUGAUUUAAACAACCUUGUUUAUCAGCUAU